AUGGACCUGGUCUGUUGUGAUUGCGUGAUUGCUGAUUGUGAAGUGACCAGAGCUGAGAGAAGCCGUUGCCCCGAAAUCAUCUUUGUUUCGAAGAAGGCACUCCGCGACGACGACGAUGACAUGCAGCCGCCCAUUUGCGGCGCAUCGGACGCCACCGUCAUCGAUGUUGAAGGAGGUAGAACAGACAAUGUGUCAAAGAAUGAAACCAGUAGUGACAAAACUACCGGCGACAGUUCGAUUGGUUUGGCCGGCCGCGUUGGAAGUAUGACAUCUAACCAUGGGGGAAACGCUUUCGUCGCUGCGGUUGGCAUGAUUUACCAGUACUCCGCGAGCACGGCAAGGUUCGACGAAACGAUGUCGACUUUGGGCUCGACUUGUCCUCCAUGUUGCCUGGUGUUCAUGUCUUUCCUACCCACCGCACACACCACCAACCACAAGAUUGACCAGCGACUUGAUCGCAUGGAGAAGCGAUUUGAUAGCUUCGAGAAGAAAACCGAAGCGCGAUUCAAGAGCAUCGACGAGCGAUUUGAUCAGAUGGACGAGCGAUUUGAUUGCUUCGAUAAAUCACUGUUGAAGAUUGUGGAGGCUGUCGUUUCAGAGGACGAAAUGGAUCGCUAG